GCACAGGGGACGCGACCAUGUCGGACGGCCGCCUAGCGCCCAGCGCGCGCCAGCUCGGCUCCCUCGCCGGGUCACGCACCUGGAAGGCGUGGGCUGGGAGGAGCACCGGUGCAGACUCGUUCGCCGUGGGAGAUCUUACCGCUGGCCUCGGGCUCGCGCUUCGGCGUUUGGGACGCCGGCGUUUAGGACACCGCUGCUGCCCCAUCUGCUACGACGAGCGAGAGGAUGGCGACGAUGACUGGCACCUUCUGUGGUGCGGCUGCGCCGCCUGCGGGACGUGCAUGCGUCGGUGGGCGCAGACAGCGCUGAGCGAUCGGCAGGGCGCGGCGGUGCCGGCGGUGUCGCGGUCGACGUCCUUCAUCGAGAGGCUCGUGGCCCUGACGUGCCCCGUGUGCACUGCGCCGCUGCGCCCCGCCGAUGCGGUAGACGUCCUCGCGCGUGACGCCUCGCUGCUCCAGGCCUUCGACAAGCUUCUUCGCGACGCGGCGCUGCGCGGUGCGCCCGAUUACCGCCCGUGCCCGCGCGCUGGGUGCAGCGGCGGCGGGUUCGUCGACUGGCGCUGCGUCUCCUCCGUCACGCUCGCGCGCCGCUCGCGCGCGAGCGCCGUCGGACUGCUGCUGCUGGCGGCCGGUGUGACAGUCGGGAGGUGCGCGGCGCUCACCGACCUGGCGGCGGCUCGGGCUCUCGCGCUCUUGUGCGCCGUCGCGCCAGCAAGCGCGCUGCUCGCCUUGGCGGCGGUGCGGUGCGGCAACGCGGCGCGGUCUCUUGUCCCGCUGUCUGUCGAGUGCCCCGAGUGUGGCGGACCCUUCUAG